AUGGCAACCACAGUGCCAAAACUCUGCAGUGGUGGUGUUCAGAUUCGGCUUACCAGCAUUGACGUGGGUACCACCAAAUGGAGAGAAGGAACUUUUGAAAUCCUGGAAAAAGACAACAAAGUCACUCUCUGUUUAAGAUUCAACUGUGGUGGAGCUUCCAAAGUUUUCCAGCUGAACCAGAAUGUGAAGCAAACUUCCCACAAUCGGAAUCGAAUUAUGGUGACUUUGAAGGACACCAGCGUCAUUACCCUGGAUAAGAUCCCUCCUACUGUACUUCAGAAGACUAAAGAGUACCUGGACAAGCUGAAACAGACAACCCCACGGCGGCAGAGCAUGGAAGGCAAGGAAGACACAACACCACGGAAACCACUGGGCAGCCCAAGUAGAUCAGCGUCUACUCCCACCCGCACUGGACUCUCUGAGAACCGGAGUGAGAAGAGAAAGAGACUCCUUAACUCUGAAAGUGAUCUGACAGAGGACUACCCCAAGGAAAAUGACUCGUCGAGCAACAAUAAAGCCACUUUAGACCCAUCCAGGAAGUUUCUGCUGAGCUGCAAAGAAAAGCUGAAGCAGUCAGAGGAGAACAGGAAUUCAGCUCCACUGGCUUCAGCUCCACUUCAGCCAUCAUCAUUCUAUGGCAGCCGGUCUGUGACUAAAGACUACAGCCAGAGCCACUCAUCACUAGACAGGCCAUCCAAUACACCACAGUCCAGUACUGCUAAAAGAAGCCUUGCACUUCCAAACCAUUCCACCCCUUUCAAGAAAGUACGGCCGUCUCUGGACUACAGUGGCUGGAACAAGCAGAGGCCCUCCACCUUGGCCCAGCCUCAGUCUACGCUGCAAGGAUUCUCAAACCUGGGAAACACGUGCUACAUGAACGCCAUCCUGCAGUCUCUCUUCAGCCUCCCCUCCUUCUCCAUUGAUCUGCUGAAGCAGAGCAUCCCAUGGAAGAAGGUGCCUAUCAACGCGUUGCUCAGGCGGUUUGCACAUCUUAUGGCGAAGAAGGAUGUGGGCUGUCCAGAGACAAAGAAGGAUCUCCUGAGGAAAGUUAAGAGUGCCAUCUCUUCCACCGCUGAGCGCUUCUCUGGGAAUAUGCAGAAUGAUGCUCAUGAGUUCCUCAGCCAGUGUUUGGACCAGCUGAAGGACGAUGUGGACAAAAUAAACAAAAGCUGUUCAAAUGAAGCCACAGCCUCCUUGUCUUCUAAUGCAGUGUGUGAGGAUGGCCACCAGGUGGCAGGAGUGCCCGGUGAAGAAGUGGGCACCUCCCGCAGCUAUACCUGCCCUGUGGCGGUGAAUAUGGAGUUUGAGGUGCAACAUACAAUCACUUGCAAAAGCUGUGGCGAGGUUGUGACAAAGCGUGAGCAAUUCAACGACUUGUCCAUAGACUUACCACGCAAAAAGAAGACGCUGCUGCUUCGGUCCAUCCAGGAUUCUCUGGACCUAUUUUUCAGAAUGGAGGAAAUCGAGUAUUCCUGUGAGAAGUGCAAUGGGAAUGCCGCAACAGUGACGCACAAAUUCAGCAAACUGCCCAGAGUGCUGAUCCUACACUUAAAACGUUACAGCUUUAAUGCCCAGUUGUCUGUGAACAGCAAACUGGGCCAACAGGUGGUGAUUCCGCGGUACCUAACCCUGCUGUCACACUGCACUGAAGCCACACGCCCCCCUAUCAGUCUCAACUGGAGUUCCCAGAAUGCUACGCUCAGAACACUCAAAAUGUUUCAGGCUGUCACAUCCUCCACAAUACCUCUCCGGAAGCCUGGAGGGAAAGCAGCGAAUUCCAGUUGCAACUCUCUUCUUGUGGAGUCUGACAGUGAAGAGGAGCCCAACAGAAAGGUCAACUCGAGCCGUAAGCGGCGGCUCAGCAGCUGCCUGCCUGACGAUGAUGACCGGCCAGUGGAGCGGGGAGCGACAGUGGAUCCGUCAGACUUCAGUGGUAUAAAUGACGAUGACAUGUUGGCGGCAGUUUUGGAGAUGAGUCGUCAAGAGGCUGGCCUCCCCGCUCCACGUUCGCCGCAGGAAGAGAAGUCCAGCAGCCCCGACACAGGCUUUGGAGAUGGGGAUUCUCGUGAGAUGGCCUACCAGGCAGAUUUGAUUGACACAGACUCAAAACAGCCGACAGAUGUGCUGGAUUCCCUGGACUUGACCAUGGAUGAGAACAAAGAAAACCAGACACCAGAGGGUGUGCAGCAGGGGGAACUGGACUGGGUCCAACAGUACAGUCUGGAUCAGGAGAGGGAGGAGCAAGAGCUGCAACAGGCUCUGGCCCAGAGCCUCCAAGAACAUGUAAGACUAAAGAAAGCUCUGUCAUCUGCAAACAAUGACAGUCCAACGUUGCCCUGA